AUGACAAUAAGACCAGCAAUAGAGGCAGUAACAAAGGGCCGAAACGGCGUCGGCGCCUUCGUGCUGCAAUGCAAGAGGAUGGACUUCCACUACUGUGACUGGGCAGGGAGCUCAAAAGGCAUGAACUCCUUUAUCAAGUCCCUCCUUCCCAGGUUCGCCGCCGCACACCCCGAGAUCGAGGUCACCGUCUCCCCACGGCCGACCAAGCACCCCAUCGUCAGCGCACACUACAUUAACGGCAACACGCGGGCGGUCUGCGUGAAGAACCUCCACGCGAACCAGAUACAGCAGAAGGUCGAGCUGCUGCGGGACUCGACUGGCGAGAGGAACAAGAGAUACAGCAAGCCGGUGAAGAGCAUCAACGAGAGUGUCAGAGGCGUCUGGUCACCGUACCACGGCAAGGGGCUCACAGUAUAG